AGCCCCAGCAGGGGAUGCUCUUGGCCUCGAGGGCUGGGACGCAAGACCAGAGUCGGAGGACUGAGCGGGAUGCCACUAGUUGGUCUAAAGGGAAGCUCAGAGAACUCCUGGUUGGCAUUGCUAUGGAGAUCCAGGCUGGCUGCUGUGUCAUCAGUGAGCUGAAGCAGGUGGAAGGUGAGGCUUCUUGUAGCAACCGCAAAGGAAAGCUUAUUUUCUUCUAUGAGUGGAACAUCAAGUUGGCUUGGAAAGGUACAGUUAAGGAAUCUUGUGUGAAGCACAAAGGAUUGAUUGAAGUACCUUCUGCUAAAGAUGCUGGGCAUUUGGAAUGAAACAUGAGUAAAAAGAAGGGGGAUGGGGAUAUACUGAAGGAUCUUGUGAAAACUACAGGCGCCACCAAGGUCAGGGAGGCCCUUGGAAAGUACCUGAAGGCACUGAAGACAGAAUUUACAACAGGAAAUUUACCAACAAAAGCUGUAGCCUCACCUCCAGUAACACUGGGUAUAAGGAUUCCCAUCAUGGCUCUGCACUUGAUGGAAGUAUUAACAGUAGAGCAACUGUACAGUAUCUUCAUUGUGAAAGAUUUGGUGCAGGAAGUUUGCAAAUCUCCUGCUGUAUUAGAAGCUGAAAAAGGUGGGAAAUUCCAUAUGUUUGAUGGGAACAUCACUGGUGAAUAUGUAGAAUUGGUAAUCAACAAAUAGAUCAUCGUGAAAUGGAGAUGUAAGAACUGGCCAGAAGAACACUAUGCAACAGUUGCACUGAAUUUUGUGCCUACUGUAGGGCAAACAGAAUUACAAUUGGACUGUAAAGGAGUUCCUGUCUGUAAAGAAGAAAACACGAAAUCCUGUUGGCAGAAGCAGCAUUUUGGAGAAAUAAAAGGUUUACCACUGACCACCCUAAAUGCUUGA